AGUGUAUUUGCGAAUGUAGACGGAGCGGUCUCAAGACGUGCGUUUGGGCUUAUUUGAAAAGGCAUUUCGUUUAUAUGAAUUAUUACAGUCAGUUCUACUGUGUAAACAAGAGUUUGCAUGCUUCUGUAACGCAUUCGACUAUAUCGUUUGUCUGCAUUUUGCACUUUGAUCAUUUGCUGCAGUGAGAAUCUAUUAUCUCCAUCAGCGUCCAUUCAACCUCACUCAGCAAUCGCUAAUACUUUUAAAUGUGGAUAUUGCCGUGUCGUUUGGUUGCUAACCACAAUUAGCCUUUUAAAACCAAGCCGUUAACUGUUUGUAGAGUCAGGCACAGCUCGUGUUCAUGCCCGAUCUGCAGCGCUUCAGUUUUCCGUACCGUAGUAUGAAUUCACCUCUCCAUCAUCAGCAUCAGCAACAACUGCAGACACCAGAAGGACCUGGACAUCCCGAUUCCCCCUCCGGUUUGCUCCCCGAGGCUGCCGACCAAUCUUCUUUUUUCCUUGGAGAUCAUACCGGAUUCGGAUUGGGCCCAGUCGGCGUUUCCCAAAGCGCACUUGACCUUACAGGAUCUCACACUGGGUUACCUUACCUAUAUUUCAAUCCAUCCCUACACUGGUCCCAACCCCCUCCUCCUCCUACUGCCAUGGCGCUGAGAAACGACCUGGGCUCCAACAUAAGCGUGCUGAAGACCCUGAAUCUGCGGUUCCGAUGCUUUCUGGCUAAAGUGCAUGAACUAGAAAGGCGCAAUAAGAUAUUGGAGCUGCAGCUACAGCAGGCCUUGGACAGCAAUAAAUCGGUUGGAUGCGUAGAGGACGGAAGGACCAAAGACGUUGGUGUCCAAACUGGGUUUAUUGGCCCUAUUCCUGUACGGCCCGGGUCAUUAUCUCUCCAAAACACCAACAACUCUGCCAAACGUCCCACUACUUUGUUCAUGCCUUCUCUCACAACUGUUCUCAAACUCGAGCCCAAUAAAGUUGACGACGAGAGCGUUGGUUCUGAUCCAAAAUCAAAUAGAAACCCAACUAUCAAGGUUAGUGUCUGCACACCCACCUCCGAAUCCGCCUCGGCAAACACCAACAACUCCAAUAACAGCCCACAUGUAAGCAAAGUUGGCGCCUGGACCUCUACCAACCCUCCGCCGCGGUUCCUCCCAGGCACUAUCUGGUCCUACAGCCACACCCGUAAACUGGGAAGCGGUUCAGAGACCCGGGUCACUAGUCCCGGGGUGUCGUGGGUUCACCCCGAUGGAGUCGGUGUCCAGAUAGACACUAUAACCCCGGAGAUCAGAGCACUUUACAAUGUCCUGGCUAAAAUCAAAAGGGAGAGGGACGAGUACAAAAGAAGAUGGGAGGAGGAAUACACUAUGAGGAUGGACAUGGAGCAGAGAGUCAGUGAUCUACAGGAGGAUCUACAGGAGAGUGAAGUUUGUCAGGAUGAGUUGGCCCUCAAAGUGCAACAGCUGAAAUCUGAACUUGUGCUCUUUAAAGGACUCAUGAGCAAUAACCUGUCUGAGCUGGACAGUAAGAUCCAGGAGAAGGCCAUGAAGGUGGACAUGGAUAUCUGCAGACGCAUUGACAUCACAGCUCGCCUGUGCGAUGUCGCCCAACAAAGAAACUCUGAAGAUCCGAUCAAGAUCUUUAAGGUUCCUAGCCCUCAAAACGCCAUCACCUCUCGUGCCCGUAAACAAGCCUCUCAGCCUGCCACUGGCAGCGAGACAGAUGAGCCGGUCAGCACUUCUGAGAGUGAUGGAGGUGGUGUGAGAGAAGAUGAAGUGUGCCCUCCUUCAACCUUUCAGAUCAAUGAGGAGAUGCAGAGAAUGUUAACUCAACUGCGUGAGUGUGAGUUUGAGGAUGACUGUGACUCUCUGGCCUGGGAAGAAACUGAGGAGACGCUCCUCCUGUGGGAGGAUUUCCCAGGAUGCACUUUAACAGCAGACACAAGUCAGGGUGAAGAAGAGAGUUUGGAGAAGGUGAUAAAAGACACAGAGUGUCUGUUCAAGUCCAGGGAGAAAGAAUAUCAGGAGACUAUAGGCCAGAUAGAGUUGGAGUUGGCCACAGCAAAAUCAGACAUGAAUCGUCACUUGCAUGAAUACAUGGAGAUAUGCAGUAUGAAGAGAGGGUUGGACGUACAAAUGGAGACCUGCAGAAGACUCAUCACCCAGAGUGGAGACAAUAAAUCCAGUUCACCUGUUCCUGGAAGAGGUGCAGAUGUAAACGGAGACACAGAGAGGGAUACAUCCGAGGAUGGAGGAAGAUAAUAGUGAUGAAAUGGAUCUGCAGGAGGCGUUAGUAAAAUGAAAAGUGCCCCUUUUGUCCUCACGGCACCCAUCAUCCAAAGUUAACCAAUAUCAAGCUUCUCGUGUUUUUGCAUUGAAUUUGGUCGCUGCCUCUAGUGGUGAUGAAUGAAAUGACAUCAUGUGCACUCACUGCUCAACACCCAAAAGAAAACAUGUUCACUCUGUGACAUUUUCCCUUGUGGUUGCGCAGCAGAGCAGCACUGCAGUUUUCACACCUACAUACGUACACCUUUCCAUUUUGUCUGUGUCCUCUGCUGAUUGUCUUUUUAAUCUGAUUUCAUCGUUUGUCUGCUAACGGGUAUCAUUCAUGUUUUCCGUCUCGUCCUAAAAAUGUCUGAGUCACCGUAUUGUCAGCAGCGAACACAUUACCAUUGAUUUCGGAUGUCGAAUGGGUUCUCACAAAGUUUCCAUUUCCUAGAGACUCAGAGCAGUUAAGGGGACAUAAUCUAUGGUUGCAGCAUGUGCCAUUACGUGCCGCUGUGUGUUAUGGGUCGGUAGGUGUUGUGCUUCCUGUCAGACACUGUAAAUACUAGGCUGUUAAUGCAGGUGAGAGGCAGCUGUUUUCCUGCAACUCGGACACCAAAUUCACAAGAAAUUUAUGAUAUUUGACGUGCUAAGAGUAUUGUGCUGAUGCCUGGCUGCUUUGGAGUCUGAGCUCAUGUGUGACUUCCUCUCAUGCGAGUGGAAAACAUGAGUGAUCAGUGAGAUCAGAGGAGUGAAGUUUGAGGAUGUUAUGGCUCGAUGUCUAAGAUAAGCGUUAACCAUGUCAACCGCUUUGUUAUUUCCUUUUCACGUUGCCCCCAGUUUACUUCAUCUUGGAUGUAAAUUGUGUUGAGCAUUUGUAUCAGGAGCCGGAUUCAGAAGGAAAUUGGCAAUGCAACGCUUGGUUUGUCAUGCGAUUGUAUUGUGAAUUACAGUAGCGAUAUGUUUUACAAUUGCCUUUUUUAGUUCAUGCAUUCUCUGGGAAUCGAACCCCUGACCUUGGUGUUGCUAGCGCUGUUCUUUGGAACAGCCACACUGUGUUUAUUUACAAAAAUAGGUUCACAGGUUUCUUUUUCAUCUGCAUUUUCAUUUAUUUCAGCAUUUUAUGCUCAUUAUCAUCUCAGUUUGAGUUUGGUUUUGGUCUAUUUUUUUUUUAAGUGUGCGUUGACUUGCAGCUACAAAACCUUGGCAUCGUCACAGACUUGCUUUAAAUAGUGAUCAGUCUCCAGAAAUAUUUGUGUGUAAAAAUGUACCAAAAAUGUAUAUUUCUGACCAUACCAGUACAGAAUCAUAAGGUAAAUUAUCACAGUGUUUUGACAUUUCAGUUCCCCAAUCCCCACCCUAACUUGUAUUGGCAUUUUGAGAUGAUGAUGAUGGGUUUGAUCUACUGUAGAGUGAUUUUUUGAGAAAUUGAAAGGAUUUAGAAUAACCAGUGUCUAAUCGGCUAUUUCUAAUCAAACGCCCACAUGUUUUAAAAGAAACUGGCAAACCGACAUCACGUUGGCUUUGAUGGUCAUGCACAUCUUUAGUCAAAUAGGGAGUCUGAGCGUGAGCCACUGCAUGACUUCAGGGACGAAAGCAAAAAUCUUUUGAAUGAGUCGGACAGAAACGUUUCGAGUGCCAAAUGUGAAAUUAAGCCUUUAGGAAAGAUACUUCACACAGUAAAAAUGAAAAACCUCAUGCUUUUAAAAACAUGGUGCUGUACAUCCAGCUUGUACAUUUCCGCUGUAGAAAAACAAAGCAAAGCGUGAAAGCUUUAAUAUAUGUAUGUGUAUUUACAGUCCAUAUCACUUUAUAAAAUGAAACAGAACAGAGCUUGAUCUUUUGAACAAUGUGUUAUGAACCAUAGUCAGGUUAUUUUUCUCUUUAUCACAUUUUAUUAUUUGCAUACUGACUGCAUUGUAUGUCUGCUUUAGGUUUUUCCCUCAAACCACACUGAAAUUCUGCAGGUUUGGCUUAAUUGAAUAUUUUGAUCAUAAAGGUAUUUCCCUCUAAAACAAUUGGUUGUUGCUGUAUUAAGGUUGUAGACAAGUUGAUUUUAGUGUUUAAAAUCUAAGAAUAGAUGUGUCGAUAGAGACAACUAAAGUUGUUCUAAUGGUUAGUCUACAAAAGUAGUUAAAGUCCCAGUGAAAUUAAAAAUGACAAUUCUUAUUUUUUAGUAAAUAGUAAGUAGUUUAUAGUAAAUAGCUUAUCAAUGUGGGUCAUUUUCUUUUUUAAAUUCAUGUACCCUCAUAAUCUUUAGUUAAAAUCUGAAGAUGGCCAGAGCAUCCGUUAACUCCUCCCCUUCAACUGUCAGUCUGCUGCCAGUUUCAUUUCAAAAUCAAUGCAACAGCUGCUUUUAAACAGCCAAUCAAUUCGCAGUGAAAAACGCAAGCCACGCCCACUAAUUUUCUCCUUUGAAAUUGGCUGCGUCCGAAAUCGCCUACUUCCAUACUAUAUAGUAGGCGAAAAUGAGUAUGAGUCAUGAAUAGUACGUCAGAAACCUCAGUAUGCAAAAAACAGUUGGUGAGAAAUACCCGGAUGGUCUACUACUUCCGCCGAGAUUCGUGAGUGUGGAUCCCAUGAUGCCACGGGAGCUGAGCAACGGUCAAAUUUCAAAAGUAAAUCAAUAAAUAUAGCGGAAAACUUUAAGGCGGACGUCCGUUUUUAACAUAAGUGCCAAUAAAUUAAUUUCUCGUGACUAAAUUAUGUUUUUAUCAACACUCACGUAUAGGUUGUUGUUAAAACAUCAUAGGUCAAAGAGCAUACGGGUCACAUGACCAUAAAACAUGGCGGACGCAGUAUGUCCGAAAUGUAUUCAUACUUCUCCCACUCAUACUAUAUAGAACGUACUGUUUUGACGGCAGAUAGGUAGGUACUUAUUCAAAUUCAGUACGUACUGUCACAGUAUGCGAUUUCGGACGCAGCCAUUCCUUUUCAAUUGGAAAUGUGUCGGAAGUAAAAACGAUCGCAACUUUCGGUUCACGAGGACUUUAAAGGUAAAAAUCUAAGGUGACCUUUGAGCUGUUAGUUAUUAAUUACAAUGUUAAGGUUUGAUUUCGAGGAAAGAUUUCUUGUGAACUGAAUAGUGCUGAAUAGUACCUUGAAUUUGUUUUGUGAAAUUGCUUUCUGAAGAGUUUUCUCUCAAGGUCUCCAAUAAGAAGCACUGUAAACAACUGAGACAUUGUUUAAUUUUUUUUAUCAUAUAUAAUUAUUUGUUUUCCAGCACUGAGCUGAACUGUGUGUAACAUCGUGUCUACACCGGACGUGGCACGGCUUGUUCUAAUGGAAUUGUCGCGCCGCAUCGCGCCAUGUCCGGUGUGGACAAAUUGAAAAUUAUAAUGGGUUUUAAUGCGUUCUCUUGUCGCAUCGCGCCGCAUCCGGUGUAGACACGGUGUAAUGGGAUUGUCGCAUCGCGCCACGUCCGGUGUGGACAAAAUAAAAAAUUAUAAUGGAUUCUAAUGCGUUCUAUUGUCUCUUGUCGUGCCGCAUCCGGUGUAGACACGGUGUAAUGGGAUUGUCGCGUCGUGCCACGUCCGGUGUGGACAAAAUGUAAAAUUAUAAUGGGUUCUGAUGCGUUCUAUUGUCACUUGUCGCGUCGCAUCGCGCCGCAUCCGGUGUAGACACGGUGUAAUGGAAUUGUCGUCGCAUCGCGCCACGUCCAGUGUGGACAAACCUUUAAAUUAUACUGGGUUCUAAUGCGUUCUAUUGUCUCUUGUCGCGUCAAGCCGCAACCGGUAUAGACACGGUGUUAGACUAAUGUAUGCAUGUGUACGUGUAUGAAGCGCACUACAGGUUUUUGCGAUGAGUACGAGUUUUUUUCCGACAGCGAUUUACUUCUUGUUUGUUGCUAUAACAAGCUAUAAAUCUUGAGAAUUUUCUUAACAGUACGAUUUGCAUUGUGACCACAAAUCUGAUUUUAUAGAAAGGACAAUAAUAUUCAGUCAGGGAAAUUACUCAUUGGAACUGACUAUAUUUUCCUUUGUUUAAAUGUCUUUGAGAACCUGCAGAUUUGCAGUGGCUACAAACAACGAGUAAAUUCCACACAAUACCUUCACUAGAAUACUAACCGAAGUUGGAAAAAUUGAACACGUGCUUAGAAAGAAUGCUUAUUUGCAAUAACAGUAUGAAUGCUCUGAUGCUGUAUUCCAGAGAGAGAGAAUAUUGUAUGCUCAAACGCUGGCUAUGCAAGUCCUGUACCCUGACAAGAUAAACACUCCAUUUAAAGGUCUCAAUUGAGACUCGUGGAGCUCGGUAGAUUCUGGAAGAAAGCCUUAAUGUUGUCAGAGACAUAACAUCUCCGGGUCAUUCUGUAACAUUUCACAGGAAUGAAUCUUAACUUGUUCCUUUGGAAUUGUGAUAAAGGAAAUGUUUUUUGUCAAUGGAGCUUAAUACCUCUGAAGGGUUCUCUUUAAACGUACACAUGUGCCUUUGUGGUCAUGGGUCUUGGCAUGUAUGUAAAUUACAUCAUGACAUGAUUUGAGCAUUGAUGAAGUAAUGUCUACAAGUAUUUUUAACUAUGUUAAAAAAUUAAAAAGCAAAUUGUGAUUGGCAAGCAUUACUUUCUCGGGCAACCUCCUGAGAAAGCUUCUUCUUACAAGCGUAUAUUUAGAUGUCGGGGAAACUAACUGUUUAUUAUUUUUAUUUUUAAAACUUCCCCAAAUUAUGACCACUUGUUAAGGGGUUCAAGCAUUAAUUGUCAUGGUAAGACCCCAAACUCUUACGCCCAUGGUCUAAGACGUUUAAGCGGUUUCAUAAGUCCGGCUCUAUUUAUGCGCUUCUAUAUUUAAACACAUUCAAAAGAACUUAUUACCAAGGAGGAAGAAAGACCCAGAAAGUUGCAACGGCGCAUGUGGUUUGCGUUCCUUUAAAAGAGUAACAGGACUAUGUGUAUAUAUAUAAAUAUGUAUGUAACCUAAAGCAGAACAGGAAUUGCUCGCUUUAAUGCAAGUGUACAGACAGACUGGAGCUUUAAAAAGAUUUCAAAAUAAAGGUUACUGCUGAACAAA